AUGUCUGCAAAAGUCGUUAUUGUGGGGGCAGGUAAGCCCAUACUCUCACUUCAUUCAUGUGUUAUCCCGUUCACCUCACUGUACUUCGGACCAGGUCCGUCUGGCCUGGUUGCUUGCAAGACGCUCCUUGAAGCUGCCACGCACGACUUCCCAUUUGACCCCAUUGUACUAGAGCAGGAGGACGAUAUCGGUGACACCUUCCAAUAUCGAUUUUACGAGAACACGACUUUGAUGUCAUCGAAGCAACUGAUUUCACUCUCUCACUCUGACCACUUGACGCUCGAGCAAUAUGUCAACUACCUAAGAGAUUACGCAUCCCACUUCAAUCUAUGGUCGAGAAUCCAUCUUGCGUGCAAAGUAGUCAAUAUUUUGAAGGACCCACAGGGUGGACAUAAUGUCUCUUACCAUGCCACUCUAAUAAACCAUAUAGAGGCGAUAACUAUACACACACCUUACGUUGCAAUCUGUACCGGCUUACACGUUGUUCCCCAUGUCCCUGAUAUUCCAGGAGUUGACAACGCCCUGAAAAAUAACCCCGAAGCGAAACUUUUUCACUCGUCUGAAUACAAGUCUCGGGACCAGCUAAGAGGGAAGGAGAUCCUGAUUCUUGGCACGGGAGAAACAGGGAUGGACAUUGCUUACGAGUCUGCCAAGGCAGGGGCGAAGGAAGUGGUGCUUUGUUCGAGGGCGGGGUUCUUGUCUUUCCCGAAAGCACUUAAUGACUUUUCCCUACUCGGCUUCAAGUUUGAGUCCAAGAGCCCGGUGCCCAUCGAUUCACUCAUCACGAAUCUCGGAGAGACCACGUAUGUACAUCCAUGGGUAGCAAAGUCGCAUACCCGAUGGUUCAUCUCGGACUUCGUCAUCAAGAGAGUGCUCUGGGUAUUGACAGGUACGCAAGCAGGCUGCAACCAGUGGAUCGGCGAACUCGAGCCAGAGCACCUAGGGCGUGCCUACGUCUUUCUCAACAAGUCCCACAAAGCCUUGCCAUACAUAAAUCGUCCCUACCGCCUGAUCCGGACGAGGAUAUGCCCCCGCAGACGGAUUUCACGGUCGAACUGGCUCCCUUCUCCUCGCACUUCACAGAGGGGGGGUCGUGCCAUCUGUCCUCUUGACUUGGACAAGCGCAGUAGGCCAAAGCGCAAGGAUGCAGUGCGGAUCCAGGGGAAAGUUGUUAAGCCGAACUUGGUAGUAUAUGCCACCGGUUAUGAGCAAAAAUUCGGUUUCCUAGGCGAAGGGUAUAAGACGCCUGGGGAAGCGGAUGUGAGGAAUAUAUGCUGGAGCGGGGAUACCAGUGUGGCAUUUAUAGGCUUCUUCAGGCCGGGUGUUGGCGCCAUCCCACCGAUAUCCGAAAUCCAGUCUAUGUUCUGGGUCUUGCUUCUCAAAGACCAGGUUUGUAAGCCGCUUCGUGCGGCACAUUAUCAUCUGCUCGUGAAUGAGAACACCAGAAUCAAAUAUGGCGUGGACCAUUCAACUUAUGUCAGUACGCUGAUAUGCACUGACACACAACAAUCACCAAGGACCAAAGGAAAUAAACCUAAACCCCGUGAUAUGGGUGAAGGCGGUCCGAGACAACUGAAGGGUAUUUAA